AUGACAGAUCUCAUUCCACUCCACGACCACGCAGCCCUCCAGAGCGCUCGAUUCAUCCGCCUUCUCGAAUCCAUCGAUUACCCAUAUGAGAUCUCACCGGAGGAUGUUCACGCCGUCCUGUCCAGCCAGUACCAAGGUAGCGCUCAGCACCACGCUGCAGAAGGUCUUGAUACCACAAUCAGCUCAGCAGCACCAGCGUCGGCGUUCCUCGACUGGUUGGUCGAAAACGUCUCCGCAGAGACUAAUUGGCCAGGCUACAAGCAUACUCGUCAACAGCUAAAUAUCUUACAGGACCCUGUCGAUGAAGGCGACAACGACGACGACGAUGAGGAAGAGAAUGCGUCCUUGCAACACCUUGACCAGCAACAAUGGCAACUCCAAAACACGUUUGCGUCGCUUGAGAAUGAGCUCUCGGAUCUCAAGGCACUCGAAACGCUCUCCCUCGACUUUGACCGAACCCUCGACCUCGAGAUCCACGAUACCUCCGUCAAACUCGACGCCACCGCAUCCAAACUCGCUGAAACAGCAAAUUCGGUCUUUUCAGAAUACUUGGUUCCCUCCCAAUCCACCGGUCAAGGCAACGAUCAUGAUCAGGAUCGGGAUCGGGAUCGGGAUCGGGACAUGGAUGUAGACAUGGAUCGAGAAAAGCCAACGCGUUCAAAAGAGACAGGGCGGCUCUUGUACCAGUGCCAGGAAGAGCUGUUACAAAUUCAACAGCUUGAUAAGACAUUUGUUGAAAAUAUGGAGUUGCUAUUCCGACAAGUCCAAGAUACCAUCCAAAGACCAACUUCCGCAACGCUCGGCAGCAGUGGCAGUACUUCCUCGUCUUCAACAAGAUCGUCGUAUAAGCCAACGCCAACGAUGGCAACAAUGGCGGGGAGAGGAACGGGGACAGGGACAGGAACGAUAUCUUCACACCUCCAGUGCCUCCUAGCCUGCAACCCUUUGCACGACCAAGAACUCGUCCGUCUCUGCUCAACCUAUCGUGCCACCAAAAUGUCUCAUAUCCGCGCCGUGGCCCAACUCAAAUCCCUCGAACAAGAACUCGAGUACAUGAAAGACCUCGACGCAGCUCACAACAGCACCUCAAACCAAAAUGGAGACGACGAUUACGACGUCGCAAUGAGAGACCAGGACACGACGGGCGACCAUAGGAUGUAUUCGCUCGCGAGCUCUCGUAAUCAGAUCCUCCAAAAGACACGCCAACAGGAAAUCGAGUUGAUAUCCGUCCAGCGGGAAACUGCAAGGCUCAUACAAGAAAUGGACCAACUCCUUUCCGAUCCUACCCCAAGACCCCCUUCAUUAGCGGUGACAAAGCUUGGAGCCGGAUCGGGUCUCGGCGGUCGAAAUUCUUUACCCACCGCCAUGUCUGUCGGAGCCGAAGACGACUCCGGUGCCUCUGGCGGUGUUCUCUUCGAGAUCUGUGAGCGCAUCGCGAGGAACGACAUCGAACUCCGCUUCCUGACAGCCGCACACCGUGACUUUUUGAAGGUUCAAGGUCAAGCCCUUCAAGAUCUCGAUACCGCGGUCCAACAUCUCCUGGAUUAUUACUGUCUCGGCCUCACCCUCGAGCAAACCCUCAACAUCGAGAGACAGACCCUUCAGCAACAACGUGAUCUUUUAGACGCUGCCGUCCAAGAAGCUCACGCACUCCAAAGUCAGUCGAAACACCUGCAACAGGUUGCAGAGAGUCAUUCCCGGAUACAACGGCGACAGAGUGCACUUGGUACAACGAAACGGGAACGGGAUCCGAACGAAUUGUUAGAGUCGGUGAAGCAGAGCCUGAACUUGAGGGAGCUCGUGCGUCAGGAGACCCAAGCCAUGCAGGACUCUAUCCUUCAGAUGACGAACGUCAAGGACAUGCUGGACACGCAGCUGUUGCAGCGGUACUCGAGUACCAAGGAGAUCCACUUUGUACCAAAGACGCUUCACGCUCUCAAAGAAGAUCUUGUAAAGCGUAGUCGACAGUUGCAGCACGAUUACACAGUUCUGGACGACCAAGUCCAGCAGCAUCUCAUCCACAGCAAAUCAAAGACAGCAACAUCCUCAUUAACAGCAAGCACUAGGUAUAAUCUUAAUUAA